ACUACCGCACCAAGCACCACCAUGAAAUGGUGCAAAGUUUUCUGCUGACGUAAACAUGACUUUCCUGAUAACUGUUAAGUAUUGCUAUGAAAUUGGGCCCAGGACGUACUCGUACAUGUAGGCUUACUUCAAUAACCUCACUGAUUGAUUUAUUUUGCGGGGAGAAUUCUGUGUCCAUGUCAUCGGAGCAUCACAGUUUUUGAGUGUCAACACCAAUAUAUUUAAAAAGGGAUACCAGUUGAUUUUAGGGGGAUUUUUUAGCCAGUAAAAGAGGAAGAACUAAAAAAAAAUUUCAAAAAUGUGGUAUUCCUGUCCGACACUUGAAAUUUUGAUGGUAAGUACAUUUACAUGUAGGUCUUUCCCUUCUAUAGUUUUCUCCUCUUGAACAAUGAUACCAAUUAUAGCACAUGUACAUUAUUUAAUGCCUUGUGCAGAAUGGCUGCUGAAUGGAAUGUGAAUAAGCGGCAUUUGUAUUACGGUGAGACUCGGAAUAGAGAUUCAAUUCCGAAAAUAUGAAAAUACAACAGCUGGAGUCGGCUUCCUCUUGCAUUGGCAUUUCUUCUCUUGCCCAUCCGGGAAGCCAGCACUGCAUCCAGCAGUCCAGCCCCUUCCAGAAAAAAAAAAGUCAUCCAGAAUUUUAUAACAAGGCUUAACCUCAUAUUUUCUGUCAAACAACUGGUGUAGUGAUGCAUUGACAUUGGCAGUGAAAACAGACUACACGUAGCUGCAAAAAAAAGUGCUCACAUGUUGCUAACUUGUUAUUAAACAAAAUUCUUCAAAAUUUGUAAGGUCCUCAGUAUUUCACUUGAAGACUGAGAGCGUAAUACAAAUGUGAAUGGAGACUUUCUUAAUGGUAGUACUGAACCCCCAGAUUUCCAGGACACCUUCACAUGCUUCCUAAAUUAGUCAUCCUACCGUGCACGGAGCAGUGUGCCUGAUGGGCAUUUUCAGAAUGACUGUCAGUGCCAUACUCCCUUCCGUGAAAAUUCGAACUGUUUUCCAAGUUUGCCGUGUUCAAUUUGCAGUCAUCCGUUUUUAUCUAUUCCACACAUUUCACUGUGUAGAUUAGUCCAGGAAAUGUUACAGUAUACAUGUACAUGUGCGUUUGAGGAAGUGUGACUGUACAUGGUUCUGUAUGUCAUACAGUAUUUCAAAGUUCCAAAUGUGGGACCUUGGCCGGACUGUGGUCGUGGAUAAAGUUACAUGUUCCUACAUGUUUAUGCACGCGUACUAGUACUGUACACGUACACUUGGAAUAGAGUACAACAUGCUUGCAUUUUUAUUUCACAACCAUGCCAAUUUUUAAUACAUGUACUCGAUAUAAUGAACAGCAAACCCUGGACUGAGAAAAUAAACCAUAUUUCAAACUCCCAAGAUAAUGCUUUAGCAAUCAUAUACAUGAUAUCAUGUACAUGCAAUCACAUUCUAGUUGGUAUUGGACCAGAGUUGGACAGUGGUUUGCUCAGUAAAAUCCCCUUGAAUCGGAGUUGAUGUGGUUGCAAAUUCUGUCCUGUCAUUUGCAUAUUUUGUAAUGACAAGUGCUGUUAUCUCUGCCAAACUCUUUAAGUCCCUGUUGAGAGACUACAUGUACAUGCUGCUCUGCACAGGUUUAACUGUCAUUAAGGGGAGCAGCUAAAGCCCAGUGACUCAUCAUAGAGUUUGCUGUGGGCUCACUGGCUAAAUAUAGCCAUUGCUACAUGUACAGUACAUGUGCAUGCAUUGUGUACAGUGUGCCCUUUACAACAAAAAUACAUAUCAUCCAAUAGCCUGUUGACAAGAAGGUCACGAGUCCAUCAGGUGUGCUUGUGAUGCAAUCCUUGUAGCUGUCAUCUGGACUUUUUACCUGUGAAAAUCACACCAGUCUGAAUUUGUACCGGGAGUGACUAUUUCUGGUUUCUGCUGGGUGGAAGCCAAAUGAACUAGUCUGAUGGUCCCCAAGAAUAAAGCUGAUCUGGAGACAAGACAAGCACUGUUGAAAAACUGUUGAGUGAGACAUCAUCUUCUUAGUUACAUUUUAUUUUGGGUACUCCAGGCAAAUCAACUCUGCCGCUGACUUCUCUCGUCACCACCCAUGACAAGUGAACACAUUGUAGCCCCAGCCACUCUCCCUUUCCAUUCCUCACCAAAGGACCGACCAGUCAGCAGCCUUCAUGCAUCUGGUAUUGGAUGUGCCAGCAGCCCAUCCGUUCAAGAUCCCCGUACAUAAAAUGAACAGUAGAGCGCCCCCUGUCUGCCGGUGGACCCACAUGGUUCCGCCGAGCUUGCUUGCUGAGCUGUUCCAUGGUGGGAAUUUAGAGAACACUCUCUUAAUAGACAGCAGGUCCUUCUUGGAGUAUAACACAUCCCACAUUGUGAACUCAGUCAAUAUUGGAUGCUCCAAAAUUGUGAAAAGAAGGCUGGAACAGAAUAAGCUCUCCAUCCAGGAACUCCUGUCCACAUCCGGUCAAGAAGAGAAAUUUGGUCCCUCAUGUGAUGUCAUAGUCUAUGAUCAGAGUUCACAGGACGUCAGCCGACUGUGUCCCGAAAGCUUUAUUGUUGUCCUUCUCAGCAAGCUAACUGAAGCAUUCAAGACGGUCUCUAUGCUGUCAGGAGGCUUUACAGCCUUCAAGACUGCCUUCCCCUACCUGUGUGAGCCACAGGGCCAAGCACAAUGCACGAUGCUGGGCCCAACCCUCUCACAGCCCUGCCUGCCCGUGGCUAAGGUGGGCCCCACCCGGGUCCUGAACUACCUGUACAUCGGCUCACAGCAGGACGUCCUGGAUGAGGACAUCAUGCGGGCCAACGGCAUCAACUACGUGCUGAACGUCAGCAAGACAUGCCCCUCGCCCCGGCACAUUGCGCCGGGCCACUUCCACCGCAUCCCUGUCCGGGACAACUACGGGGAGAAACUCCUGCCGUGGUUUGAAGAUGCCAUGAACUUCAUUGAAAAAGUACGGUCAGCAAAUGGUUGUGUCAUUGUUCACUGCUUGGCUGGUAUCUCGCGGUCACCAACAGUGGCAAUAGCCUACAUCAUGAAGCACAUGAACUUGAGUGUUGAUGAGGCAUACAAAUAUGUAAAAGAGAAGCGUCAGUCCAUAUCUCCUAACUUCAACUUCCUGGGCCAACUCUUAGAGUUUGAGAAGCGCCUUCAUAGAGAUAAACCACUGAAGAGUUUGCCCCCUGAACUGUCAACUGCGACAGGCACGACCACAACAAGCAGCCAGUCUACCUCGGUUUCCAGUGAUUCCAAAUUGGCAACAUGCCCAAUUCAGCUAGUGGAAGAUGUCACAACGGCCUCUUCAACCCAGCCCCGUCCGACUGUCCGGGUGACAAAGCCAGGGGCCCCUUUUCCCGAGCCCAUCCUGUUGACAGAGGAUAGCCAAGCGGUCACAUCGGAACCAACCACCCCUUUAAGUGCUGAGCACAGAACUCACAAGAGGUCCAUCAGUGAACAGAAGGACGGGGAGCUGUCAACCCUUCCGGUAGAUUGGAGUCCUAAGCAUCGGUCACGAACAUUACAAAGGCCACGUGGGCUGGAUGUCAAGGUGUCAAAAAUGGGUCCCAUUUAUCUGGGCUCUCCUCCCUCAUCUGAGUCCAAGAAGCCACGGUCUGGAAGCAGCAGCCCCUGUGGACUGCUUGACCAGCUGGCCUGGGGCACCAGCCACCUCAGUGUCAACUCACCCGAGGUACGCCACAAGAAUCCAUUUGUUGAGGCCUGUGCAAGACUUGCAGAGAAGCGACUUCAAGAUGAAGCAGAAAACCGCACCCGAGAUGAAGCCAACACAGGCCAACAAUCCAGUGUCAGAACGGAGGAGACCAAAGCAAUUGCUGAAACUUCUUGCGCUCCCCUUGAACUACCCAGGAAACCUGAGCCCCAAAAGCUAAUUCCUAUUAUAGAAACCAAAAAGCCUGACCCACACACAGAAAAGACUGAAACACAAACCAAACAGACUGAAACACAGUUACAAGUGUCUGCAGUCAUUGAACCCCGCGUCCCUAUUGACCCCAGCAUCGCAGGAACUGCUACCGGAUUAACAAACCCAAGGAAAGAAGAUCAAAGAAAAGUCAUUGAUGUAAAAAGACGAGGUAUUCUAAAGAUGGAUGGCAAAUCCAAGGCUAAGGGUAGGAGCAGGUCCCCACGCACCAUUAGCCCACGCCCAAUGCAAAUGGCUAUCAAGCAGACUUCGACAGGAAAGUUGCAGGUCAAUGUCAAGCCUGCCAAGGAGUCUUUCCAGCCCAAGGUGAAGAAGGUUCCCUCACCAAGCGAAACAUCGGUCGGCUUUCAGUUUGGCCGAACGCGGGUCGGAAAGAUUAUGGAUGCUGUACUUCCUAACACUGGGACCAAAUACAAGACGGGUAAGGCCAAGGGCAAGGACUUGCCACAGCUGAUGGUGGCCCAAGAAGUGCAUGUCCAGCUAGAAACGCCCAAGCAUUCAUCCUCCGGGAACAGAGGCUCCUCCCCAAAAGAUCCACUAAAUCCAUUCUUUUCUCGCCAGAUCAGCACACAUUCACAGAGCAGUGACACCAGCUCUGGAAUAUCGCCGUCAUGUGACAGUGAGUCAGGAUCCUUGGUUCUUAACAGCCCUUGCAGCUCAGGAAUUUCCCCAGAUUAUCCCACCCAAUCACCAAAUCUCUUUGACAGCCUAGGGAAUCUCGUGCAGUCACCUUCGCUAACAGAAGUAAAAUCUUGUCCAACUUUUUCCACAAUAACAGAAACAGGAGUCAGUUCCAAUGCAACUGCCCAGCAGUUGAACACUGCUACUCCAUCAACUGAAGAAUGCAAGACCAACGUGUGGCAAAAACGUAAAGAAAGUGGCAACAGUUUUGAGGAGUCUGGAGGUAGACUGGACCGGUUGCCACCAGAGAGACUGGGUGGACAUGUUGCAAAGCGCAGCCAGGCAAUCUCAGAUCACACAGACUGCGAGCGGAGUGACACGCGUUGUAGCCGCAAGACGCCCAUGGUGGUUGCUGGCCGCAGUGCGUCGUGCGAGGAAAUUAGCUCCUGCGCUCGGGAGGCGGUGUCCGAGAUAGUGGUCCGACCGAGACGAGAGAUCAUCGACAUGAGCAGCUAUGGCACUGGCAUGGAGGGCGAGGAAGACGAUUACGACAGUCGUUCACUGAGCAGCCAGCGUUCACUUAGCAGCAGUUGUGAAAUGAUCGAAGUUUCAUGAUAGAACAAGAUUCAAGUGAUAGCAUGCUUAAGGCAAGGGGCCAAUUGUAUAGCGUUGCUGAGCAUAGAAUUUUGCCAAGCAAAGAAAAUAUUUGCUUAAAAGAAGGUUACCAUCCAAAAUCUCAUGCACUAUCUCUUGUGACUUGUUUCCAGCUGAUUGUUUGGUUAUCGCGUAAAUGCUAAGCAGUACACUCCCUGCUGAGCAUCUCUGUGAAAAAAGAGAAUAACAAGGGUAUGCAUAAGACACUGAAAUAGCCACUGUCUAUUCACUGAAAUACAAUAUUACAGAAGCUGACAGUGAAAAGCUGACACAAAUGAUAUCUAUAUGCAGAUGGAACGUGGCAUUUCAUCCGGACCGCUACUUUUCCACUGACAUGAACUUUGACCCUAAAUGGAACAGUUGCCAUUAUCCGGAAAAUUUAGUACAUUAAUCCGCUAGUAAUAUGAGUAGAUUUGUUUUUAUUCGUCAACUCAUUGAUGUGCAAAUGAAAGGUUUCUUGGAAGGAAGGCUUUGCGUUAUGUGGUAGUUCAGAGUAAGUCAUCGAUUAGUUUUGAUUCAGUACACUAUUUUGUGCUUUCUGUUUGACAGAAAAUAAUAAGUAUUUUUCUGUAUUUAUGUAUAUUUUACAAAAAGCAAAUUAUUUGUAUAUAAUGACAAGCCAGGUGGCGCUUUACAGAUAUAUGUCUUGUACACUACUAUUAUGAUUAUUGGAGUCUGAGAGUUGCAACAAAAUCAGAUUUUCUACUCUUUUACCGGUGAAACUGACAAGUUGAAUUUGGGCAUGGUAUAAAAAUUAUAAUUCCUCAUGAAGGACAAUGCAAACAUAAGUACACUAAUUCGUUGACAAGAUUCCAGCUUUUCACAUUUUGUAGCUCACAGGUGAAGGAUAAUGGUCUUUGACAAAAACGUGCGAAAAAAGAAAGAAAAAAAAAUAUUUUAUUUAUUUAUUGUUGUAUCACCUCUGCACUACUAAUGGAGUAUUCCACAUUCUUGAUUAAAACAUGGAGGGACCACUUUCUGAGGGGUGAGUCUGUUGAGGCACAUAAACAGUACAAUUUAAUUGAAAAUAUGAUUCCAGCCUCUGUGCUACCCCUGAAAGAAUGGAGUAACCCUUAUUGUUUAUAACGAAAUGGAACUAACCAUUAUGUCAUGCAGUAGAGGAGGAUAUUUUUUACAAAAUCAGAACUUGAAUUUCAUCACUUACUGCUUUAUAUAAACCUUUUAUAUGAAAAAUGAUGCCUAAAAAGUAAAAAAAAAAAUGCCAAGUAUUCUAUUACUUUUGUCGAAUACGUUGUCGUGCUCCUAAGUUCUACCAAUUCUUGUGACUUGUGUGAAGUGAUUUUGAAAGAUGAAAAUUGUGAACGAGUCCUAAUAGGAAGUAAUCUAAACUACCUCCAGAUGUUGUAGAGACGAUCACAAAUAUAUAAUGUUUUUAUCUUAAACAAAACAGUGUCUUGUAGUAGCAAAGGAAAUUGUGACAAAUAAACAGUUAACAUUUUGUAGAUGGUGCUGUGCGAAGACUUUUUCUAACUACACACACGUAGGAUUGAUUUUACUAGUAAACUAAACUUCCUCUAUUUUUUGAUGUACCCUAUAUUUCAACACUUGUCUCAAACUUGUCACUUAGAAGAUUUCCUCUGUGUAAGUAACCCCAGCAUAGACUGUACAUUUAGUAUUUGACUGAGCCACAGAAAAAAAAGCAGAUUUGGCAUUCUUGUUUAAUGUCUGUGAUAUUUAAAACCUCAACAUUUUAGUGCAUUAUGUCUUACUCAAAACUGGCCGAGGUCAGUGGACUAAAUAGAGGAGCUAUCCAAGGGAUUCUAUAUUUUUUUUUUCCCCACUGAGGGGGCUAAACAUAAUACUCACACCUGGGGAUGAGAUUGAAUCGGUUCUUAAAGGUUCAGGCAUGCACCUUUUUUUUUUCAGAUUACCUGAUACCUUGUUUUAUUCAUGUGCAUGCUUUUAGGAACUGGGAAACACUUCACAAAGUCUUGAGCAGCUUAGAAUUUCCUUGUUGGUUGGUUUUGAGCUUGUUUGUUGCAAAUCAAAGAACUGAUGUAUUCUCUACAGUCCUACUAGUUUUUUCUUUACGUCAUUCCAUAAAACAGAAUUGCUUGCACACUCAGGAGACAAUAUUGUCUUAGAAAUGGCCGCAGCACUUUGACUCUGAUAAACAUGGUUUGAGCAAAUGAAGUGGGAAGGGCAGUAUUUCAUAUUACAACUGCUGACAGAGUGACAGAAAAUAACCCAGCAUGGGUUUACAGCUCUUAAGCAAUAAACAUUGUACAGUGCACCAGUGAGUGAUGCAAAUGAAAUGAACCUUAUCAGUCCGGAGUGUGUAUUGAGACUGCAUGUAGGUGAAUGGGUAAAACAUUGAGGAUAGUUUUUUUUUUUUUAAGUUGAUGUGUUUCAAAUUGUUUUUCCUGUCCACUUUUAUUGCAGUUAUUUUUGAAAUAAUGGAUUUCUCAUUUCUUGUGUCACAAAUUUUAUGUGCAGUAACAGUUUUCAAUCUGGACAUAUCAAGACUGUUUAUUCUUUAUGUGAGCCCCUUCUUGUUUUUGGUCAUCUGCCUUUAUUGUAAAAAAAAAUACAAGUUAACAGAUUUAUUUCACUUCAAUCCCAUCAGUGUUCACAUUGCCCUGCUCUUUCUCCCCUGAGAUUUAUCCUGCACAGUACUGUUGGAUGAACCCCACUCCCUUGUGAAAACCUCAUUUUUUUAUUUUUUUAUAUUUUACAGUACACCAUACAGAAUUAAAAACAACACUAUGUCACAGUAUCAGUUUGCCAUACUUUUGUUAGCAAUUCUCUUCAACUUCCACUUCCAUUGAAACACCUGGAACAGUUUAUAAGCAGCCAUCUCAAGACAUUUUGCCAGACUAGUCUGGAAAUGAGAAUUUGUGUUUCUUGUGCAACCGUGUGUCAGCCACAGAUGCGCCACAAUCUCCAAAACAAACGGAUGGAUAACUGGAUCUUUAAAAAGUCUUGUCAGUUCACAUCAAAUUUGCUGUGUUGUACCUGCAUAGUGGCAUUGCAGACUGCUUGGCCACCUUAGGCAGGCUUAAAUAUUAUGAAAAAAGGAAAAUCUCACAAAAUGUUUGGUGCUUAGUCUAUUUUUGUGCCUUUAUAUAAAUUAGCCACAGAAAUUUAUGAGGUGAUUUGGAGGUUCGGUUGUAGUAGGCAGCGGGUGAGAAUGAAGUAAUGUAUCAGACUAUUAUAGUGAUGUGCUUAAAUUGGUUUGUAGUUUAUGCUAAACAGGAUUAUAGUUUAAUAUACCCUACCUGGAUCAAUCUGUGAUUAUUUGGUCUUGUUCUUGUAGUUUAUGGACUACAUUUUGUUGUUGGUUGGUAGUUACGGUGACUUUGUAGUGAACUUCAGCUUUUUUGUGCAUUUGGCUGAUCAAUUUUCAAAAACUUCACUGUCUCUAAAGUAAUUUGUUUUGUAAGAAAUCAGAAUUCAGAAACAAACGUCAUUUGGUACAAAUUUCUGCUUUGAAAUGUGUAGUCAUGUUCUCAAAAUGGUUUUACUCCUUUUUUUACUCUACUGAUUGACGCCACAGUCCUGUUGUCUGUAGACGUGCUUAGUAAAAGUUGGCAACCCAGAAAGUAUCAUAACAUAAUGUAGGUCUUCUCGGAAAAGACGAAAAACCAUGCUAUUUUAGACGAGGGUUGACAACUACAAUGAAACCAUGGAUAAAUCAAAAACAAUUUGCCCAUUGAUCUCCAAACUCAUCACUUUAUCCUUCAUGCUUAACAAAUGUGUGAAUCUUUAAAUGUUUGUAUUUAUUUAAAAUUGUGAAGGACACAAAAUAUAAUAGAUAUAUAAUUCUUCAUUGUCAUUUGAGGCAAAAUUUCUGUAUUUUUGUGGCACUUUCUGGCAUCAAAAAGAGAAGUAUAUAUUCAGGUGUUACAAAUUGUGUUCUUGCCUUUGUUGUAAAGAUGAAACAAAAACAUAUUUUGUUAGAUGUAAACAUGUAAAAAUGGUACCGGUAUUGGAAUUUGACUGAAUUGUACUAUUCAAGAGAAUGUGUUAGAAAGUGGUAGAAAGGCUUCAUUUCACGUUUCAUUUCUUAAUGCUUCUGUAAGAGUGGAUCUGAUUGGUCAAAGUGCUUGAUCACUUUAUCCCAUUUCAUUUCUACCAACCAAUGGAAUUAACUAUUAGAUGAUCCGUUGUGUUUUCCAUGAAGUCAUAGAGAGAAGGAGGUAGACUUGUGUUACGUCCUGUGACCAGUUGUAAAUAAAAGAGAACUAAGACUUGCGCAGAUCAGGCAAUAGAGGGAAUAAGGAACGCAGAGAGAAGAAUUUGUGGUAAGUGUGUAGCUUCAUAUAGAUACGACUGUAGUUUUCCAAGAUGCUGUAGCAGGUUUUUCUGUUUUCCUUUGUGUUUUAUAUGUAAAUGUGGAAGUGAGAGGAGCAAUAAAAAGAAUUACACAUCCGAGAGAGAAAAA